CCUCAUUUCAUUGAUAUAUGUGCUUAUCAUGGACAAGUUGUGUGCUCAAGCAUCAACCUAAUCUAUACAGCCUUUUGCAGUCAGAGUGUUUGAUCGCCGUAUUCCUGGGACGAAGUGAUCAUAGGUAAUGAAUGAGUUUUUAGCUGCGGGAAUGCGUAUCGGCCUGAUCCUUUUGAAAUUCUGCAUCACGAGCGAUUCUUGGCAACACUUCUAAGUCGGGUAGAGGAUAAUCGAUCAGACGGGUUUCAUGGCCAAUUCCACCUCGGCUUACUCGCCGCUCAGGCCCCAGUCUUUAUAUGCUCAAACUCAGAUGCAAACUCAGAUAUGCUCGAGAAAGUCAUACACAUAUUCCUGGCGUCUGCUUCAGGAGACUGCGCAACCGUCGGCUCGCGCACAGGGAACAGUGCCGUGCAUACGUAUGAGACUGGCCACAAACGCUUGGGUCGUUCUGAGAUGGCACACGGAUGGUCGAAUGUUUCAAUGCAGUUGCCCUAGGCCACAACUACCACAUUUGAAGUACGCGGUCACACUUCUAGGUCCGCAGCGCGGGUUAUUGCACCCAGCACAGCUGUCACAGAAGUGCUAGAAACACCAACUAAGGGACAGUGGCGCUAGAACAUGAGCGACCCUAAUCCCAAGCUUGCGAAAGGUUAGAAAAGUAUCCAGAAGUUCACGUCAAGGUGGGCCAGGUCAUUCGCUUCAGUUAGGGCCAAUACCACUCGCCUGUACACUCUGAGCCAGAUUUGAAUCAGGAGUGUCGCGUCUUCGUGAGUGCCAUCUUCGGGAACGAGGUCGAAAUUUGCAAUAUGUGCGAACUCAGAAGAGCAGCAUAUGAUGAAGGAUAUUGAGUAAGACGCUGGUCAGGUAUGCACUCAACCAAUCGAUCCAAUAGACUAGCAAGAGACAAUAUG